CAAACCAAUCAUACGGGAGGAAACUGCAGCAGUAUCUUUAUACACGCACAUAGUUAUGUGCAUGUAUAUUUGUAUAUGCGUGUGUGUGGGAGACAUUUGAGGGAAGAAGAUACAAAUUUGAAGAUGGGAAGGAAACAAAAUUCAAGAAGAAAAACGAGUGAAAGGGCAUUAGCUAAAGAAAAAGACGAUAAACGCACACAAAAAAAAAUACACCAGUAG